CUACUUCGACCUGUGAUGCUCUUUUCUUCUUCCCUCGCAAUUUCGACUCCACCAUCCUCACCGAUUUUGGUUGCAAUUUCUACUCUCUUCAACCUCAACCUUCUGGAUUCCCUCACUCUCACCGGAUUGACUUCAAUGUCCUUGGAACCUCCACUACUACUACUACUACUCCACUCAUCAAAGAAUCCGCUGGAUUAUCAGACGCUCCUCUUCCUUUCCUUUCUAAUCCUUGUCUCUCUUUCAACUCCAGCGGUUCUGUCAUAUAUAUCACGGUCUGAAGUUGUAGCUGAACUUGCUUUCAUCUUCAGUUUCUAUCACUAUUUAAAGGUUUUCAUCAUUAUUCAUUUGGUGGCUAAAUAUUACUCAUGGAGAACUUAAG